UCACUACCGAACGAGAGAAAGAACGCAAUUCCGCAUCGGUGGGGAAAUUAUCUGUACUCAACAACUUUCCUUCGGUGCUCGCCUUGACCGAAAAUUCUGUUUUAGAGGAGUUCGCAGCACGAAACGCAGCCAUCAUGUUGUCCCGUCUGGCGUGUCACCGACAGCUGGUUUCACCAACGUUGUUGAAAUCUACCCUGCAGACGGUUGUUCCGAAGCGUCAACCGGUGUUCCGUCAGUACGCACGAGAUGUGAAGGGGGGAGGUAGCGCUAGCAACUGGACAGCGCGUGCCGAACGGACGACACUACGCGAGCGAGCCAUGGCACCGCCCGGUCCCAAUGCUUAUGCCAUCGGAAAGGGUGCGGUGGCCGGUGGGGCUGCGCUCGGCCUUGGCGCACUAUGCUUCUACGGGCUCGGGCUCGGCAGUGGAACUAGCACGCUCGAGAACUCGCACCUCUGGCCGGAGUUUGUGAAGCAGCGUAUUCAGGACACUUACCUAUACUUUGGCGGAUCGAUAGCCAUUUCGGCGGCCAGCGCCAUGGCGGUGUUCCGAUCACCUCGCAUGCUAAGCCUUGUGUCGAGAAACGGAUGGAUGUCAAUUCUCGGAACAUUCGCACUGAUGAUCGGAUCCGGAAUGGUGGCACAAUCGAUUCCGUACAGCCCAGGGAUCGGCACGAAGCAAGUGGCAUGGGCCGUCCAUUCGGCUAUCCUCGGUGCGGUUAUCGCUCCCAUGUGCUUUGUCGGUGGGGCCAUCCUUACCCGGGCCGCCUGGUACACCGCGGGAAUAGUCGGCGGACUUUCGACGGUGGCCGUCUGUGCGCCGAGUGACAAGUUUCUUGCCAUGGGUGGCCCACUGGCCAUUGGAUUGGGGGUAGUGUUUGCGUCGUCCCUAGCCUCCAUAUGGCUACCCCCGACGACGGCCUUGGGUGCCGGCAUUGCGUCACUUUCGCUGUAUGGUGGUCUCCUGCUGUUCAGUGGCUUUCUGCUUUACGACACGCAAAAGAUUGUUAAACGGGCGGAAAUGCAUCCCCUCUAUGCUUCCCGUCCUUUCGAUCCAGUGAAUUCUGCAAUUUCAAUCUACAUGGACACCCUGAAUAUUUUCAUCCGGAUCGUCACGAUUUUGGCUGGGGGAGGUGGUAAUCGGCGCAAGUAAAGGACAAGAACUAUAAAUAUCUUCUAUUAUAAAGUAUUUAAGCUAGCGUAGUUACGGGUUUACUAUCUUACAGAGAUCAAUAGCAAGUCCGAUCGAUCGAAACGAAACUCCUGAAUUAUGAAUAAUUAAUCCAUUAUUGCGUAUGAACAUUAGCAGAAGAGUGUGAAUAAAUUAAUGUAUUGUUGUA